AUGAUGCACAACCACGAAGUCUAUGGUCUGGCCGAUCUGCCCGAACUCGAAGCCACCGCCUUGGAACUGCCCUUCAAUAAUAGUGCCACCAGCAUGCUGAUCCUGCUGCCCAAUCAGCCGAAGGGACUGGCCAACCUCGAGCAGCAGUUGGCCCAGUCGGAGUUCGAUCUCAACCGGAUCGCCAACCGCCUGCACCGUCAGUCGGUCCCGGUGGGUCUGCCCUGGUUCUGGGUCUCUAUCGAUUUUGACAUGACCGCUCCAUUGAAGAUGCUGGGUCUCCGGCAGGUGUUCACGGGCAGCUCGAAGGUGACCAAAUUGCUCGAACGGGCGGUACGCGUGGACAAGAUCCUGCAAAGGGCCCACAUUAAAGUGUUUGAGGACGGAACUUUAUUACAGUAUCCUUCGGAUGCGGAUGUGGAUGCGGAUGUGGAUGUUGAUGUGGAUGUGGAAUGCGGACAGGUGGAACUUUUUGGUGAACUAUACUAA